UAUGACUCCAUUCAUUUCACUCUUUAUAGCAAUGACUCCGAUACCCUCUUCCUCUUUUUCUUUUCCUCCCAUCAUCUUCCCUUAUCAACUUAGAGACUCAUAAAGCUCCUCUCUCAUCUUCAUCAUAACCUAAAACCAAAAAAGAAAACAGAUCUUAGCUUAUCAGAUCUUGAUAUCAUGGAUCCUAUCCUCGGCUUUAUGGGCACAACAAACAUCUCACAUAACACAAACCUUAUGAUCGCCGCCGCAGCCACCACUGCUACGACCUCCUCAUCUUCCUCGUCAUCCUCCGGCGGUUCGGGGACUAACCAGUUGAGCAGGUACGAGAAUCAGAAGAGAAGAGAUUGGAACACUUUCGGACAGUAUCUACGCAACCACCGUCCACCACUUUCUCUCUCUCGUUGCAGUGGUGCUCAUGUUCUUGAAUUCCUCAGGUACCUCGACCAAUUCGGCAAGACCAAGGUUCACACACACCUGUGUCCGUUCUUUGGACACCCUAACCCACCAGCACCAUGUGCAUGUCCACUUCGACAAGCGUGGGGUAGUCUGGACGCACUCAUUGGCCGUCUUAGAGCCGCUUUUGAAGAGAACGGUGGUUCACCAGAGACUAACCCUUUUGGUGCACGAGCCGUUCGACUUUACCUAAGGGAAGUGCGUGACUCGCAGGCUAAAGCACGUGGAAUCAGCUAUGAAAAGAAGAAGCGGAAGCGACCUCCUCCGUCUCUACCACCGCCUCAGCCCGUGAUUUCAACUAGCCCUAAUUAGCACUAAGUCAUGAGUAAGAUAUUUCAAUGAGUACGUUUGUUUACAACUUCUAUAUAUAUAGUAUUUGUCAAUGACGUCGAACAUACACGAGCUAUUUUAAACUCACAUGCCCUUUUCUUCCUAAUCCUUUAUUUGGCAAGCUAAAGAAUUUUUUUUUUGUAUUAAAUAAAUUUGUAAUUCUUUUGCUUGGCCUCACAUAAGAGUGUCCUCACAUAACGUGGAUACAUAAUUAUUUUAUGUUUGUUUUUAAUAUACCCUAGGUUUUCA